AAGCAGGCAUGCCAAAGAAAAGCGUGGAAAGAAGGUACAAGAAAUUAUAUUAGGUGAUGCUAAUUUUUGGCUAUCCAUUAUUAGUUUCUUGAAAAGUGUUACUCCACUUGUGAAAGUCUUGAGACUUGUUGAUGGAGAUGAUAAACCGGCGAUGGGAUACAUUUAUAAGGCUAUCGACAGGGCAAAAAAACAAAUUCAAGUCAAUUUCAAGAACGUGAGAAGUAGGUAUGUUGUUUACACGGACAUUAUUGAUUUGAGGUGGAACACACAACUUCAUGGACCUCUUCAUGCGGCUGGAUAUUUUCUUAAUCCCAGAUACCAUUAUUCUUCUGAUUUUAAUGCCACCUUUGAUAUAAAAAAAGGGUUUUAUGAUGUCGUUACAAGAAUGUGCUCGUCCGCAGAGGAAAGGAGAAAUAUUGAUAAACAAGUAGAGUUGUUUACUAUGGCCAAGGAUACUAGAGAUAGAAAACACCCUGGUAUUUGUUUACUGACUUGUAAUGUUAGAUUAGUACUUAUGUUUUUCUUUUGUACUUCCAUGUAAUUGUGUUAUACUCAACUACUUACAUUUUCUUUUAUCCAAGCUUUAUGGUGAAACUCAUACGAAGAUUCAGCUCCCGAACUCCAAAGGGUUGUUGUUCAUGUUCUAAGUGCCACAUGUAGUGAUACUGGAUGCGAGAGAAAUUGGAGUGUAUUCGAGCAGGUACAUACAAAGAGAAGGAAUCGAUUGUCGCAACAAAGACUGAAUGCACUUGUCUAUGUCAAGUACA